AUGGGCUACAAUACGCGCCGCAAGUCGCUGUCGCUGCCGUCGCUAGGCAUCCACAUCCCGAGCGGUCGCCGCGCCUCGACCACCAGGCCGGCCACCGCAACCAGCACGAUCACGCCAACAACACCCUCGCAGCCCCCGGUGAAGAAGCUGAAGCGGUCGCACGAGUCGGCAGAGGGCGCAGAGACACCAGCAGCGGCUCCGGAUGCCCUGCUGCUGUCCAAGGAGGCCGCGCGAGCAGCUUCCUUCCACACGCCGCCCCCGUCACCCUCCGCUGCUGCCUCGGACCAGGGGCAGGCACAGCUCAAGAUAGACACCGAGGGGAUAGCGGACGAUAUAGUGGUCGCCGUCAUCCAGCAGCUCGAGAAGACCGGCAACAGGCCCCAUCUCAUCAAGGAGCUCGCCGCCGUCCUCUCCUCUACCACCGAGUCCAUCGCCAAUUCUGCAAAUGCGGCCGCACUCAUCUCCUCUCGACUGUCACUCUAUCUCAAACGGCCGUGGACCGCCCUGGCGCCGUGUCCCAUCGCCAAAGAGCUCAUACCCGUCCACCCGCGCAAGGUCUUCUUCUACCUCACAAACUGCCCCCAUCAGCCCCUGCCGCAGAACUCGCACGACAUCAUCUCGCCCUCGAUAGAGAAGGAGAUCACCCCGUCCCUCUCCAGCGUGGACAUCGGCAUCGACGACCAGGAUCUCGACCUGGACCUGGACGAUGUGCAGACGCGAGACAGGUCUCAUCUCAGUCCCAGCCCGGAAGUAGAUCUCGACAUGUCCAUCGAGUUUGACCAGGGCCUCGAUCAGGACCACUCUGCCGACCCAACGGCCUCGUUUUCCAUGCGCCAGCACUCUCACGCCCACGGACAUCGGAUAUCGCAUAACCACCGCGCGGCCUCGCCACCGCUGGAAGGUGAUGAGCGAGAGUUUACGCUUACGGCUAGCAUGGUACGCGAACGGACGACUAGUGAUGAUGGGACCGCACACCAUCUCCGUGGUCUGCUUAUGCACAAUCAACUCGAUGACCAGCAGGACAGCACCCUGGAUCUAGACAUGGACUCGCCUUACCUAGACGACCACCAUACAGAGACCACAGAGGAGUAUACGGACUACUUUAGCAGCAAACCCAUCAGCAUACCAGUCAGCAGUGCAAACAGCAGCACUGAUCCAGGAGAUACGGUAUACGGCACCUCUCCAUCUCCUUCAAUUGCUUCGGAGGUCUCCUUGGCCUCUCUUACCACCGCCACCUCUGAUUGCUGCGACUCGGAUGAGGACGUCAAGCCACAUGCCGCUCACGAACGGGCACUUAAGAGGACAUACGACAUGACCCUCCCCGGCAUGGAGCUAUCCCAGCCCCGAAAGCCGUUGUCGGUCGACUGCACCUUCAGCUUCAAGCUCGAUACUGCUCUCGAGUCCUGGGUAGACUUCCGCAGCCCCGAGACUGUCGAGGUAGAUGAGCUCGACGCCAUCUUCGCUGACAUCUAG